AUGAGAGACCCCCUUGUCGGUAGCCUUCGUUUGGUUAGCCUCCCAGAUGACGAAAACUAUUCAUUCGUGUCAACAGAAGGAUUGGAUACCGACAUCCGAAACCGACAUCGCGACCGAUAUAUGUCAAAGCUGAUAGGCUGGUCCUCUUCUUGGCCUGCUGGUUCAGUGAAUUCCGCCUGCCCUCACCCAGUGUUGGUCACAAAGCGACACCAGGAGCAGUUGAAGGAAUUACAUCAGGCACUUGACUUGGCAAUCGAGGAUAUCGUUGACCGAUGGUGGGCCGAUGAAGAAGCCCAGUUCCCCCGGCGGAUGCCAUUGGAACCGGAGGAAGAAGAGCUCUUGCGAUGGAUCAACGACAAUCAGAGCCUAUUUGGACCAUACGGCGAGCGGAAAGGGUCUUGGAGACCGGACUUCCUUGUGGAGAAUGACGAGACUGGUGCAGAGCAAUUUCGGAUUUGCGAGAUAAACGCCCGAUUUUGCUGGAAUGGAUACAUGCAUGAAGCUUAUGGGCAGAAAGGCCUUGAGGCAUUUGACCUUGAGUCUCGGGGAUUAGCGCACGCUACAGAUUCAAAUGCAAUCUUCGACGCACUGUUGGGACUGUUUGACCACAGCCUUCCCUUGCAUCUCGUCAAAGGAGAGGAACAUGGAAUUGACAUCUUCAUGUUUAUUGAGUUCGCUCAGAAACAUGGUGUAAAAGUGCGUCUUAUCACCCCGAGUGACCUCCGGCUAGUUCCAGAUCCAGCUGGAGUAUACGGACAUAAGCUAUGUUGUCUCGCUCAGACAAACAGGGCCAAUACUUUCCUGGAGGGGUCCGACGAAUUGCUUGAGGAUGUCCACCAGCUUUGCCUUGAGCUUCACCAGCGAGAAUUCCGUGCUUUUGAGCCAGAGAUGCAACGCCAGAUUAGUCUGCGGUGCUUCAACGACAUGCGGACCAUCCUACUCACUCACGAUAAGAGAAUGCUCGGCAUCAUUCGGGAAGAACUUGAAUCCUUGACAUCCCGCAAGAUCCUUACCCCGGAGCAAGCACAAAGCCUUCAUCGAGGCAUAACACCUACUACUUUACCAGGAUCCGCGGCACUUGACGAGUUCAUCAGCAGUUGCAAAGUAUCUGACAACUUGAAAGAUAACUACAUACUGAAGCCCAUCAGAGGAGGAAAGGGAGCUGGCAUUUUAUUUGGCGACGAACUUGACAACGCCGACUGGCUGGUUCUUCUUGAGUCGAUGCGAUCCGCGAAGCUGAUACCGGGCAAGGCUUCAUACGUUGUGCAGCGCAAAAUCAGUCAACCCUACUACGAUGUCCUUUUGGGGUCACAAAAUCGGGCAGAACGCUGCCACAUGGUCGGUACCUAUCACUGCAUCAAUGGGGUAUAUCUGGGACUUGGUAUUUGGCGAUGUAGUCCUGCGCGGCUGUGUGCUGUAUCCAGUGGGGCUUCCUGGAUAUGUUCAGUGAUCGCGCAAUGA